AUGCAGUUUCAGCAUUUGCAGCGACAUCACUCACCUGUGCCUGAUGUUGGCGGCAUGCAACAGUGUGGCCAGGGAUUUAGUUUUUUGCAACACCCUCAACAGAGGUGUGCGUCCCCAAUUCCGCAGCAGAUGCAGACCCCACCGAACUUCUACCAAGAUGAGGCGCAUUUUCCGUUGGUGGAUGUGGUGUUGGAAUGCCACUCGCGAGAUGAGAAAUGGGGAAUCUCGCUGGGCUCCACUGACACAGACUUUGUGCGGGUGCAAGGUGCGGUCGAUCGCGCCGGGGUCGCCAGCCGACCGUUGGAAUGCAUGCCUGCCAAUUUGGUGUUCCUGAGAAGGCCUAAGAGAGGUGGAUAG